AUUCAGAGAAACGUCAAAUUUCACACUCGCGUGCAUUCUGUGUUUUGAAUUGAUUUGCGUAACACCAUAAAAUCUGGAAAUAUUCACCGAUUCUAUUGAAAAAUAUGAGUUUCUUGGUAAGAAAAACAAUUUUAAACACCUGUCGUGCCAUCGUGUUACGUCACGCAUCAACCAAGGCCACAGCAGCUUCUAAAUCCGCCAUAGAAAAAUGGGAUAUCUACGCGGGAGUGCUUGUAGAGCGCCUUCCGGUGAUCACCAAAACCUUAUCUCCUAUUGAAGCCAAUUUCAAGAGUAUGCUGGAUCAAAUCGAGUUUGAAAACAGUCUCAAAUCCAAUCACGAAAUUCGAAAGGAGAUGGAGAAACGACAGGCCGAACUUUUAAAGGCCGGAAAGAUCGAUUUGGACUCGGAAGCGCUGAAGCAAACCGCCCAAGAUUUGGAGGAUGCUUACAAUGAUGAAUUCAGCAAGUUCAAACCUGCCUCAAGGAUCACGGAAGCCGAUAAGGCAAACGAUUUGAAAUCGUUGAACAGAAAACUGGAGGAAACGCUCGUUUUGCUCACAGAACAGAAGCUUGGCGACAAGAAAUACUUUCUACUUCCUCAGGGAAAGCACUCGGCAAGCGAAUCGUUACGGCAAACGGCCGAGCGUGUUUUGAAAGAAAACGUAGGAGAGGCUCUUAAAGUGACAUUCUAUGGAAAUGCUCCAGUAGGGUUCUAUAAGUACAAAUACCCAAACGCAACUCGGCAGGAAGCUGUUGGAGCGAAAGUAUUCUUUUUCCGAUGUGUCCUUAAUUCGGGUAGCCAAAACGUGACGGAGAAAAAGGCCAAUUUCCAAUGGUUGGAUCAGUCUGAAUUGGAGAAAACUUUAAAACAACCUUAUUACCACAGCGUAUCGCAAUUUCUCUUGUAGCUCAACAAUGUUGAAUAAAAACUGAUAAAAUUCUA